AUUUUAUGGUGGAUGGUGGGGUCCCUUGUCCCCCAUGAUUCACGGCGGAGCUGGGCAAUCACUUUGGCACCUAUCACGGCUAAAACCCCCCCCGGGGACCUUCAUCACGGUUAUUUUCUCCUGUUUUAAUUUCCUCCCUUUCACCGCUGCUCUCCUUACCUUGGACUCCGUCCCCCGCGUCUUACCCCGUGUUGUCCUCCUCUGCGCGUCCUUUUUGAACUUCACCCCUCUCUCGGCCACACGCAACCUACCUACCGGUACCCAACUAUGGCAACGGAUGCUGCAACAAACGGGACCGCCGGCCUCGCCGAGCCUGUCCAACCCGUGCCGUCCAACAUGUCAACUCCCGACAUCGGCUACCCGCAUGGUCACUUCGGCCACCUCACCGAUCACCAACAGUCCCAGCUCAUCGCCUUCAAGGAGCUCCUGACCGAACGCGGUCUCUACAAGCCCGGCCCGCCUGCAUCCCAUGACGAUCCUCUACUCCUCCGCUACCUACGCGCCCGCCGCUGGGUCCCCGCCGACGCCGUCACCCAGUUCGCCGACACCGAAGCCUGGCGCGCCGCCAACCACAUCGACGUCCUCUACAACACCAUCGACCUGACCGCCUACGACGCCGCCCGGCGCCUCUACCCGCAGUGGACCGGCCGCCGCGACCGACGCGGCAUCCCCCUCUACGUCUUCGAGGUCCGCCACCUCGACUCCAAGGCCGUCGGCGAGUACGAGAAGCAGGGCAGGGAGGGCGGCACCUUCAGCCACGCCAAGACCGACGGCAACACCCCGAACGGCCUGCUGCGUCUGUUCGCCCUCUACGAGAACCUGACCCUCUUCGCCAUGCCUCUCUGCACCCAGCUCCAGGACCGCGACCCCGCCAACGUGCCCAUCACCAUGAGCACCAACAUUGUCGACAUUUCCGGCGUGAGCUUGCGCCAGUUCUGGAACCUGAAGGGGCAUAUGCAGGCCGCGAGCCAGCUGGCUACUGCCCAUUAUCCUGAGACUUUGGACCGCAUCUUCAUCAUCGGCGCCCCCGUCUUCUUCUCCACCGUCUGGGGCUGGAUCAAGCGCUGGUUCGACCCCAUCACCGUCUCCAAGAUCUUCAUCCUCAGCGAAGCCGAAGUCAAACCCACCCUCGAGGCCUUCAUCGAUCCCCGCAACAUCCCCAAGAAGUACGGCGGCGAGCUGGACUUCGGCUUCGGCAUGGACCCCGUCAAUGACCCCUCCUGGGAAGGGGUCCUCGAGUGGGCCAACGGUUACACGGCCUUCCCGAACGGUCCCAUGGUGUGGCGGCCCACUGCGGACGGGAAGAAGCUCGAGUGCAUCGGCAUCGGGUCUGAAAACGGCAAGAAGAGGGACGUGCCUAUCUGCAGCCUUCUGCGGACCUGGCCUGCCUCCGAAAAUGAUGCCGCCCCCGCGAAGGCCAACGAGGCGGCGGAGGCGGGGGCGGAGGCGGAGGAGGAGGAGGAGGAGGAGGAGAAGACGGCAGAGUUGACGGACGGCGUCCAGGGCUUGUCCGUUUCGGUGGACGAGAAGGAGAAGGUAGCCGCGCAGGGGACUGCUGCUGCUGCUCCGUCUUCGACUGUGUCAUGAGCGAGAAAGGGGGAGGUCAUGCAUAUACAUGACAAUCUAGACUGCAGGGAAGAACCAUAUAAAGAGCCAGGUAGUGACGAGAGGAAGGGAAAGGGGGGG